AGAUAGAAAAAAAAAAAGCUAGGCCUAGCAGCUGAAUUAGAAAGUAGAAAGAAAGUUGUCUCCCUCUUGCGAAUAUUGCCAAGUGCCAAGUGCCAAAGAUCUUGAUCUAAUACAGAUCUCGAGAUAAAACAACAACAACACUGACAUUGAACAACACACUACUCUACUGCUAGACAAAAGCGUUGCUUCUAAUCGAGAAAAUUCUGCGCAAAAAAGUUGAGGCCAGGAGUUAAAAAUGUCAGAAUACUGGAAGUCAGUUCCGAGGAAAUUUUGUGAAUUUUGCAAGUGCUGGAUAACAGAUAACAAACCGAGUGUAGAAUUUCAUGAACGUGGAAAGCGCCAUCAAGAAAAUGUUCAACUACGUCUCAAAGAGGUCCGGAAGAAAAGUCUCAAAGACUCGGCAGAGCAAGAAGAAAUGGACAAAGCAAUGGAGAAAAUGGAAAAGGCUGCAUUAGAAGCAUUCAAGAAGGAUUUGAAAGAGAACCCAGCUCUGGCUGCUCAGUACGGUGUGUCACUGGAACAAAAGCCCUCAGCGAAGUCUGAGACAAAAGACAAUGAGUCAAAGGACAAGUCAGGGGAAACCAGUAAAGCAAAGAAAAGGAAGAUUCCAGAAGUUAAGGAGUGGUAUGAAGCAGUUUCUCCAGAGGGUUAUCAUUACUACUGGAGCACUGUGACUGGAGAAUCAGUAUGGGAAGCUCCAGAAGACUUUGUCUCAUUGGCUGACCAAGAAAAGCUGGCCAGUGUGUCUAAACAGGAAAGUGGGGAGAAGACGGAGGGAGCUGAAGACAAAGACGCAACCUCUUCAAAAGAGACAGAGACAGCAGCAACAUCAAGUCGAGUGGACCCUUGUUUUAGUCGCUCUGCGUAUGGUGCGUGGGAAGUUGUCAAGGAAGAAUCACAGCCAACAGUUUACGACGAGUCAAGUGCUCCGCCUGAUUUGGAAGACAUUCCUCUACCAGAUAUCCCAACUGUGAAAGAAACAAAGCCAGAAAAGCCAAAGUUUAAAGAAAAGACAGUUACUUCCUUAGGCUCCGGUCAGAGCGGCCCCGUGGCUUUUAAGAAAAGAAAGAUUGCAUCUGGUGCUAGGAAUGUACGUCAGAAGGGAAAUGAUGACUGAGCCUGUGAGAUUGAAGGGAAUGAUUGUAAGAUUGUCAGCAGGCUGUUCAACUGUUAAAGGCCCAGAAAGCAAAAUUUUUCAGGCAACUGAAAAAAACCCAUUCUUUUAACAGUGUUGCUAACAUUAUUAUGUAUCUUCUCUUGCUUUUUUUAUCAACUUUUGGAAUAUGAAAAUUUUGACAAAAUAUUUCUCGAGCACAUGCAACCUAUGCCACAGAUUAAGAAACAACAAGAAAAAAAAAAAAGAAAUUUUAGGCUGCGUAAAUAUGAACAGCAGGUUGUCGGUAUAGUGAGAAUGGGGGCGUAAAUGACACUUUGUUGAGGUAACAUUUUAUACACUUUGAUUCCACUAGUAGUAAACUGGCGUUGGUGGGGACUCGCAAUGAUAAGGUCGUGGGUUUGAAUCCCGUUAGGGGCCCGACGUUGUGUCCUUGGGAAAAGCAGUUUGCACGAAUUUUCCUCACUUCACCCAGGUGGAAAUGGGGUACCUGGCUAUAGACAGUGAAAGAUCUUGUCAGUUUGUGAGUGUUUGAGUGUGUGAAAUCCGCAGCUUGCACUGUAUGCUUCCUGAAAAGCUGAGAAUGUUUCAGAGUGUUCUAGGGUCUGCAGGGGUAAUAAUAAUUGUAAAGUGCAUCAAGAAUGCUGUACAGUGUGUUGAAAAGCAGAAUUUAAAUAAAACUUGUAUUUUUAAUUUC